GCCGCAGAAUUCAGUAGUACAGUAUUGAAACUGGUGGAGUGAAGACUGAUAUUUUGAUAGGGAAGACUGGAGUACGAUCUGCAUUUUCGUUAAAACAUUGCUCUAAUUGCGGCUAAAAAUGGAGUCAGAACAGUCGACAAGAAAGUCUCUCAAAGAGUAUCCUGGUUUGAUGGAAAAUGGUCACCCUCUCGCUGCAAAAUCAUCGUUUUGUUACGUUCCUACGACAAGAAAUGAUCCUGCCGAUAUGAAUGCCUUCAACAGUAAAGUGGCGCCCAAGGGCCAUUCCACAUAUGACCGACUAUUCAACCAGACGGAGGGAUAUAACAACAAGCUUCAUCGAUGCGACAGGGAACAUGCCAAGUCAAAGGGGCUCACAGUCAAUGAUGAGGAAAAGGUGAAAGUCACACCCACUUUGGCGUCAUCAGUCUACGGUCAUAAGCUAGAACAGUUUGUGGAUCCUCCUGGUCGUGCUCACGUGCGUGUCGGUCACGUCAACUCUGAAUUCUACAGGCGGACAGGGAUCAACAUAGCAACAAGCGAAUAUUGAUGGAGGACUUAAACAGGUUCUUGCUAUCACUUGAACUUGAACUUUGAAGUUGACAAAAGACAAUAUGAAAAAGACUGCAGAUGGGAGACAAUUUACCAGGCAAGGCUGUCACCAUUUUCAGAUCUUUCAUAAUAGCUCACUCAUUCGGAUCAAGGGAAAUUAGCCCUAUCACAGAGAGGUCAAGUUCUUCUGUCAAGAUUCAAAUAGUGGGCUAUUUUUGCUUUUGUGCUUGUCAAGCAAUUAUUUUACCUGAGGAGACUAGGGCUUGUUUAUGAAAUGGCUCACUGUUUGGCUAAUUAGCUGGCUAAUUUGUCGAUGAAAAGUUGAAAACCCACUCCUGCUCUGUAGCUCGGGCUGAUUUCUCAAGUUAGAUUUUGGCUUAUAAUGGAAAACACAGAACUUCAAACCAAGGCUAUUUUUCUCAAGAAUUGCUGAUUUCUGUCUAAUAAAUCAUGAACUCAAGUUAAUGGAAAAAAAAUUCACAGUUAUACAGCUACUGAAACACUGGCUGUGUAUUUGAGUUGGUUUUUUAUGAUUUUUUUUUCUCAAAUGAUGAGGGUACAGUAAA